UUCUGUUGGCAAUUGUGGUGACCUAUGAGUGCGGAACCACUACUCCUGAGUCCAACUCCGAUGAGAAGGCAUCCAAUUCUAGCUCAUCGAUGAAGCAAUUCAUUGGCGGCCGCAAGAAGAGGGAAACCAUGAGACGACCCGUACGUCCCGUUCCCAUGCGUGACGACGACGACGAUGACGACGACUUCCGCAAGAAGAGAGAAUUAGGUGUUCCUCUGGUCGACAAUCUGGUCAGUGGUCUCGGCGGCGCCUCCAAAGCCCUCGUGAAUCCAAGCCAUCGAGUGGUCGUUUGUCCGCACAAUCACUCAGACAUGAAGUAUAAGUCAAAGGCAACCAAAUUGGCCACAAGUAAGAGCCAUAAGAGCCGCACCAACACUAAGCACCUAAACAAUGGCAAAGGAGUGAAGAAACAAAUGACCACUGAGUCCAAGCAUUGGAAGAAAUCUAUUAUCGAUAAAUAUGUGGACGAAUUGCACUCCAGAGGAAUGACUUCGGAUCAGAUUGACAAGGAGUCACAGAUAAUGGUUUGGUUGUUCCACACCACUGAUGGUCAACACACCGAUGACCCGUUCAUUGAAGACAUAUCUGAUGUGGACAUCGAUGAGUACAUCAGA